ACAUGUCUGCAGUCUGUGUUUUGCCGGUAAAAAAAUAAACAACUGCGCUAAGCAGCUGCUGAAGAAUUUUUUCACAACAUAAAAAUAGUUAAAUAAAUAAUAUUUUGACCUCGCUUCUCCAGAGUUAUAUCGCAGAUUAGGGAGAAUGGAGCUGGUACAUGAUGGGCAGGAAUCUGCUAGCAAAGAGGUGCAUCUUUUGCCCUGCAAAAUCCACUUUGAUGGUGGCUCAAAUUUUUCCAAAUACAUCCUCAUUGAUAAUGACGAAGCUAAAAAAAUGAAAUCCACUUCGAUUCACGGGAGACCGUUGAAUGGCACCGACAUCAAACUGCCAGAAAACUUCAAGGGUCUCUUCAUGUCUAAGAGCAAGUCUGGCUCGGACAAAGUUUUUGUCACAAGCACCUUUGAGUCCUUCACAGCCUGGAACUAUGACAAGCAUCCUAGCAAAAACGAUGCGGCGCAAAAGGUGUGGGACUGGAUCAGCAUUGCUGAAGUGCUCCACGCGGAUGACGACGAAGACUCGGCCUAGAAUUACAUAUUAUUUUUUUUCUCAAAGGACGACUGGGGUUGAUUAAAUCCUGCUGCGAUUAGGGGACUGAGUGAUUUGUGUUUGUGAGAGUGCUCAACAUAAGGUUAGUGGCAAAUACCUCAUCAACUGUCUAUAUUGCGGUACUUAUUUCGUAUGAAAAUAUUAAAAUGUACAAAUCUAAAAUUACACUGAUGGCAUUUCAAAACCACAAUAUCGUACGGACCUAACGAGACAUCUUCGGAAAAAAACAAAAGGCAAUUUUGCGGCGGCCUAGAGAUGCGAACAAGAACCGUAUCGUAUUAUCGAAUGAAUCAAAUCAGCAAAUAUACAAAAUUUGCAUUCUUUUACAAAUGUCGGACUGCUUAAAUAACUGACAUGAGGCAUUUGGUUUGAGCUGCUAAUUUGGCAGUGACACAAUCGAUCUCAAAUGUUGAAUUAUUAUUAUAUCCUUCUUGAUUUCUCUCUUUUUAAAAACUGACAUCAGCACUAAACUUUGAUCUCCUCUGGUAGACAUGUGUGCCGACGGGCGACAGGGGUGGUAUGCAGGAGUUGAAUGGAACGUUUGAUUUUUGCAGCGCAGUUGGUCUUGCACCGCCGAUCAAUCGUCCUCUCUCUAGAUAUGAAGCGUUCCAAAUUUUCUUUAAUCAAACAAUUAAAAAUAAUUAAAUUUUAGAAAAAAAUAUAAACGCUUAGAAAAUAAAUGCCGUUAUA